CGGUGCCUCUUAAAGAUCCAUUCACUGUAGUUGUUUAAGAUCUCUUUCUCAAAUGAUUUCAUCUACGUCACAAUGUACACAAACUUAAAAAAACACGAAUGCCACCUAAAAAUUGUCUCCGAUUCACAAGUCUGAAUUCGACAGUCAUCAAAAUGUGCAGUGACUGUACGAAACCGAUACCCGAAUGAUUUUUCCUUCUUUAAAAAUAGAUUGAUGUGUGUUUCGUAUUUUGGCUAUAAAAAAUAUAAAUAUAGAAGACGAAGAUAAUUGGAAAAGCAUCUCUCAUUCGUAUACAUAUUAUUAAACGUUCAGUUCACAAGCAUUUGAACAAACAAAAUACACAAAAAAUGUUACUCUUUUUUCCGUCGUGUCAAACAAAAAACAUACAUCGAGACGACAAAUUUUUGUUCUAUUCAACGAAAUAAUUUUUAUUUUCUUUCUUCUUUUUCAUUUUAUCGUCAACGAAAAUUCAGUUUAAGCCAUAAUAUAUAAUGGCGUGUAUCGUGUACAUCGUGUACCACUGAGAGUCUGAGAGUGAAAAAUAUUUAUCGUAGCGCAAAAAAAAGUCUGAUUUAUUUGAAAGUGUUUUGUGAGACAUUGAAAAUAUUUAUCUAAAUUGACUGCACAUUAUUUCGGUUCAUCGACAGUGUGUACAAUACUGCAGGUAUUUUCGGAUCAUCGGAACGUAUGUAUGUUGUAUACAUAUAUGUGUGAAUUGCCACUAAAAAGAGUUGUGACGACGACGCUGUAUCGAAAUACACUAGAAUCAUUAGAAUAUAUUUGUGAAGAGAAAAACUUACUAUAAACACAAAAACCGUUAAGUGACGUCAAAUAAAAGUCGAAUUACGUUUUGUUAUUGUCUGAUCGACAUGUUGCUUAUCACAUCACUAACCGACGAAUAUACGUAUGAACAUCAAGUAUGUAGUUGGCACAAUAAAUCGAUAAAUAAAACUGAGAUGGUAUCCAAUAAGUAAAUGAAUAAAAGUUGUUUUCGUUACAUAAAUGUGUAUAUCACUUGAUGGGUGAUGUUGAAGCUUGUUGCUGUUUAAUGGAUACAAAAUGUUGUUAUUAAACAAGUGUGUACUUAAUCCCGCGUUUUCAUAUGAAUAGAAAAUUUGAUUGUGCUGUUUUAGUGAACUGUGGGGUUGAUAAAAAUUAAUUUUGUUUUUUAUCGCAAUGAACUCGUUGGCCGUGAUAUUGCCACACAUCCAUUAUAUCCAAGUACUCUGAGUAUCGGCCAGUGUAAGCUAAACAAUUUAAAUCGAUUGAGUUUUCCUCAAAAGGCUCAACUUUCACAAUAUUUCCGGCAUUGAAAAAUAUUGAAAGAUAUCUUCGGGAGUAUAAUUUGAUUUAAUUGAAAUCAAUGAACUGUUAUGCGACAUUUCAACCGAAUUCGAUUUAAUGAAGCGGCAACAAAUUUGAUUGGGAAAUAAUAAAAAUAAUCAAAUCCCACUUUUGUGUACAGUUUGCUAACAAAUAAAUUAAUUCGUUGAAUGGAACCCGUUAUUGUUGUUUCAUGGACAAAGUUCAAUUAAACUUUUACGGCGCACCGAAAAUUGACUGUGUAGAUAUGAGUUAUGACCGUGAAAGGCAUGCUGAAAAUAUAUUAAAAUUAUGAAAAAAAAGGAUCAAAAAGAAUUCUCCAAUGCAAAGCCUCAAAAAUUAAAAAAAGCUAUCAACCCGCACAUAUCUACGUUAUUACAGAGGCAAAGUUACAUCCAACAAAAAACUGUACCGAAAUUUCGGUAUACAGUGAAAAAUCUCAUCUACAUGUAGGCCGACCGACGCGAGGAUAAUUUUUCAUCAAAAUAAAAAAAAAUCUAAGCGACCAACUCAUAAACUAACUUCACCCGGCAACCGCAUCGGUAUUCUGAGCAAAUAUAAUAAGCAAAAGUAUAUGGCACACUCAACUUUGGGGGUAGAGAAGUUAAUUAUUCAAAACUUCUAAAAAAAAAAGAAAAUCAAAACAAAAUAACACGAAAAUCUGUGCUCGACUUGGUAUAUAUUUCUGUGUGAUAUGAUACGUAACAAAUACCCACCCAAUCUUUGACUCGUUUUGUAACGAAGGGAAAGUAAAAAAAAAAAAAAAAAAAAUUUCAGCCAGCCCUCAUGAAAUCGUUGCUAUGAAAAUUAAUUACAGAGCUCUCAAUUUCAUGUAAUUAAUUAGCAAAACUUUGACGCGAUUUUAACUUUUAUUGCAUGAAAACGAGCCGAAAAGAAUUUUUCAUCGACGGAAAAUGUGUGGACAUAUUUCACAUUGGGUGCUAUAAUAAAAAUGAGUUCAGGUACAGGGCGAGUGUCUCGCAGUUCAAUUGACAAAGAUUAACUUUCUUCUAUGAACACCGGGCAGUGUUCAAGUGUGUUUCUGCGUUCUGAAAAUAUGUGAACACUAAAAGAGUGAUAACUUAAAAGUGAGCAACAAACCGUUUAUUCAUCAGUGAUUUUGUGACAGAGUAACAUGGGUGAUUCGGAUGAAGAUAGCAGUGAUGAAAGUAUUGAUUGUAUCGGUACAGCUGUUCGACCGAAGGAUUUAGUGCAUAAGUGUCCGUCGGAUCCGGGACAUCAUGGAGUUGUUCCGAAAACGUUGCAUACACGAUCAGUCAGAUAUCCGUCUGGAGCGACAACACGUAAAUGCGUAUUAACUCUAGACGGAUAUUCCUAUGUGAUAGUUGCUAGUUCGCCAGAAAAUAAGAAGAGUAAAGACGAUACGGUACUUGUUUCGCAUCGACCAGAUCUCCAUCGUUCCAAGUCAAAUAGCCCAACUGAAAGUAAUUCAGGAAGUUCGUCACCAAUCAACGGACAACUUUCGAAAACUGGUUCUCUAACAAUUGUUCGCCGGUCGAACAGUCGAAAGGGAAAUCUAUUGCAACAAUCCGACCAUCAAUCAUCCGAUCAUCAAUACGAUACCGAAACGACAAUCGACAAUUUCCAUUAUACCGGCGAUAUUGAUAAUAUGCAAUCGUCGUCAUUGCAAUCGAUAACAAAACAAGACGAUGUCGUCACUACGUGCGAUAACGUUGAUUUGGCCUCCGAUAAUUUACCUGCAGUUGAUACACCAGAUGCAUGCGAUAAAGCGGCGCUUAGACUACGUUGUCUAUUGCGACAGUUGCAGCGCGGCGAAAUAUCGGCAGAUACUUUGCAGAAAAAUCUGCACUACGCAGCUCGUGUGCUAGAAGCAGUUUUUAUCGAUGAAACAAAUCAUGACGGCGACCGAAGUCGUGCCAACGCCAGUACUAAUAAUCCAGCAGUGCCUAGAAAAGAUUUACCAACACCGCCUCAAACACAUAGUGGUCCUACGGGCCCACCAGAUCGAACUGCAAUACAGAGGCGACGUCUUCGUACACCAGUUUGGGCCAGCCAGGAUCUUACAUUACAAGCUAAGACCACCGAUAAAAAGCCUCGCCAAUCGACCGGCAACGAACUCAAAGUCAAGAGGCGCCUAGCUGACGAGGAUGACGAAUUGUCCGAAGUUCAACCCGAUGCCGUGCCGCCAGAAGUCCGUGAAUGGUUGGCUUCCACGUUCACCCGACAGCUGGCCACCACGCGUAAAAAGUCAGACGAAAAGCCAAAAUUCCGUUCGGUGGCACAUGCAAUACGAGCCGGUAUAUUUGUUGAUCGAAUAUAUCGGCGAGUAUCCAGUUCGGCAUUGAUGCAAUUCCCUCCAGAGGUUGUUAAAGUAUUGAAGACAUUAGAUGACUGGUCAUUUGAUGUAUUUGCCUUAGCAGAAGCUGCAAACGGACAACCAGUUAAGUACCUUGGCUACGACUUACUCAAUCGUUACGGUAUCAUUCACAAAUUUAAAGUACCGCCAGCAACUCUCGAAAUAUUCCUCGUCAAAAUUGAGGAAGGCUACUGUAAAUUUAAAAAUCCCUACCACAAUAACCUACAUGCCGCAGACGUCGCUCAAACCGUACACCAUGUACUCUGCCAAACCGGACUGAUGCACUGGAUGUCAGAUUUAGAAAUAUUUGCUACACUUCUUGCAGCCCUGGUACACGACUUUGAGCAUACGGGAACGACAAACAAUUUUCACGUAAUGUCUGGUUCAGACAUUGCGAUGCUGUACAAUGAUCGAGCCGUACUGGAAAAUCAUCAUAUCAGUGCCGCUUUCCGUGUACUAAAUGAAGACGACUGCAAUGUUCUCGGCAAUUUGUCGAAGGAAGAGUACAGAGAAUUGAGAACAUUGGUGAUCGAUAUGGUGCUAGCGACCGAUAUGUCUUAUCAUUUUCAACAGUUGAAAAAUAUGAAAAAUUUAUUAACUUUAGCCGAACCGACCGUUGACAAAUCAAAAGCAUUAGCUUUAGUAUUACAUUGUUGUGAUAUAUCGCAUCCUGCUAAGAAGUGGGGCGUACACCAUCGCUGGACGAUGUUGUUGCUCGAGGAGUUCUUUAGGCAAGGCGAUCUCGAAUUAGAAUUAGGCCUUCCGUACAGUCCGUUGUGCGAUCGAAACAAUACACUGGUGGCUGAAUCACAAAUCGGUUUCAUUGAAUUUAUCGUUGAGCCGAGCAUGGGCGUUUGUGCCGAUAUGCUGGAAUGCAUACUGGCUCCGAUAGCACCGAUUGCAUGUAAAAGUUCCGGCGAAGAUUCCAAUACUCUGACUGGUAAAGUUGAAGCAAUAAGUGAAGAAGAAGUACCGAAAAAUGGUCCCGAUGAUAAGCCGGCACGGUUUCGCAUUAAAAAGCCAUGGAUCAAUUGUUUGGCGGAAAACAAGAAAAUUUGGAAGGAACAAGCGGUCAGAGAUGCUGAAGCUAGAGCUGCUGCUACAGCUGCACUCGAAGCGGAAACCGAAGACGAUCCUACCAAAACUGAGGAAUCUCAAAGUGUUGUAGUACCGUCGGAAUCAUCAUCUUAGACUGUAGCAAUUUAAGUUUAUUUAUUCGAUUAGGCAAUAAAAUUUUAGAGUUUUUCUGUUCUGUUUAUGGGUUUUGUGCAACGGAAAAUGUAUAAAUAAAAUUAAAGCGUUACGGAUAAAACAUUUUUUUUAGUUCUUUCGGUUAAGCGACCAUUGAUCGACCGUUGUUACGUACGAUAUUUGCUCACCGAGAAACUUGAUUUUGUUUUUCAAUGGAAUGCUCAAAAUUAGUAAAAAAAAGGAUCUUUGAUCAGAGAGCACAAUAAUUUCAGAUUUCACCACACUGAUUUCGUUCUGAUUUUUGUCAUCCAAAUUUUCUAAUUCUUUCUUUCAAAUUUCAACUUUUUUUAUGUACAAAUCUCUACUGUGUUGUAAUCAGCUUCCAAGCAGCCUUUUCAAAGACUUUUAACUUUAAUAAAAAAUAGAAUCAUCUCGUGCUUAAGAAUCACAUAAAUAUCAAGAUUUAAAUGAAUAACUUUUGAGUCGGGACAUCAAUUGAAUAAGCACACAAAAUUUACUUACAGGAGAGUGUAGAGGUCAUUUCAGAGUGUACCGUUGUUGCUUUUCUAAAUACUUACUGGUGAGGUCAUAAGGACUGAACUUAACAUAAUAGAUUGUGAAAAAAAAUGAACAAAACUUCUUGCUCGCUGCGAAUACAAACCCUGGCGAAUGAGAAAAGGAGAAUCGUAAGAUGGUAUGCAUACACAAUGUCACAAGUAACAAGGCAGAACUUUUCGUCCAGAUUGAAUGGAAUCACCUUCCAGAUCAAUCUUUUAGUUUCUUUAAAACUAACAAACGAUGCUGCAUGUUGUCUAAGUAGAAAGGUAUUCAAUAUCUCAAUGAUUGACGUUCCGGGCAGCUCAUUUGUCACAUGAUAUCAUAAGGGAAGACUUGCGACCUGUGCAACUUUGACAAACAUUUUAUCUAAAUUCACAAUUGGCGCUCCAUUUGCGGUGUGGAAUUUGAAUGUUAAGCAUUUGUACUCUGAGUACUCGCAAAAUUAAACUUCUUCGAUCUCAAGAUAUCGUCGACGGUUCGAGCCCUAAGUUUUUAUCUUUUCACAGCGUCUGUGAAUUGUUAUUCUGAGCGGAAAGGUUGACUUGUUGUCGUGUAAGGUUUGUCACAUUUAAUGGAGCAAGAACAAUUUAAAUUUUCUCUCUUCGGUUUGGAACAAAAGCAAAAUUACCAUCGUAAAAAUAAUUGACAUUUUUAGCACAAAUAUAGUUAAAAACUCGGAUUUUGUCACAACCAAAAAAGUUUCGUUUAAAAAAUAAAAAUGUAUUUUUACAAAAUUGAGGAACACGUUCUGUAAUUUCUCUAAUAAUCCAUAAAAUUUUUGAUAGAAACGAUAAUUCUUAAGCCGCUAGAAUAUCAUUAGCAAAACUCUGUAACUAAAUAAUAAAUAAAUUUAAAA